CCCUUUAAUAAUAAAAAAAAUAAAAUAAUAAAAAAUCUCACCACUCUCUCUUAAACCCUAAGAAACCCUAACCCUAGAUCUCAAGGGUACAACAAUCAUGAAGAGCGCAUGGAGACUUCUCUUCAAUCGCAGCCUCCCUCGACCCUCAUCGCCGAUCUCAACUCUCCGAGCUCCCAAUCUUCAGGUGAGAUCCUCACAGCUCCCAAACCCUAGAUUCCCCCCCUCUUUCAACCCUGGUUCGCGCCAUUUCUCUUCUGAUCCUGCGUUGGAUCAGAACAGAGAUCAGAACGCAGUCCUUUUGACCGAGAUCUUCUCAAAAUCAAAUAGUUUCGAUGAGAUCAAGACUGAUUUGGAUCACGAGACGGUUCACUCGGUGCUUAGGAAUCUGGAAGAGAGCCCGGAGAAAGCAAAGAGGUUUUUCGAUUGGGUUUUGGAGAGAGAAGUGAAGGAGAAUCGAUUGAUAAGGUCGAAAUCUUUCAAUUUGAUGCUUGAAAUCUCUGUGAAGAAGGGGGAAACGAAUGAAUUCUGGGGUUUGGUUAAAAUCAUGGAGGAGAAAGGGUAUCGAAUCGAAAAAGGAGCCUACUUGAAAGUUUCAGAGAGGUUUAAGAAUGAUGGGUUGGAGGAGGAUUUGAAACGGCUCGAGGAGUUGUAUUCCAUGAAGUCACCUCAUAUUCUAGCUUCACGAAUUUAUAAAAUGUUGUUGAGAGAAAAAGAGGAGGAAAGUGAAGUGGUCCUUAAGAAAUUACAAGAUUUAGGCAUUGAUUUGUCGUCGGACUUGGUUGUUUCUGCAUUGGAUCAGCUUAGUGCUUACCCAAAUAAGGCUUUGAUGUUUUUCCAAUGGAUUGAAGAGAACCCAUCUUUUGAAAUGGAUGCCAGAGUUUCUAAUGCGAUGGCUAGGGUUUUAGGGCGUGAAGAUUGUAUCGAUAAGUUCUGGGAGAUUCUUCAAAAGAUGAAGAACUCUGGGUUUCAAAUAGAGAGGGAAACUUUGGUUAAAGUUCUCGAUAGGUUCAUCAAGCGAAGGAUGAUCUCUCAAUCUGUAGAAUUGUAUGCUUUUGCAAUGGGCAGAUCGGAAAAUCCUCAGCUACAAGAUUUCUUGUUCUUGCUUAAAAAGGUUUUGGUGUCUAAAGACUUGAACUUGAGUCUUGUAUCCAAUGUCGUUCAAGCUUAUAUUAGUGCUGCAAAUGUUAUCAGAGGAUCUACCUUUGAUGGUGUUCUGAAAUCAUUGAGGAGUGUUGGGAGACUAGGGGAGUGUGAUAAAAUAUUGAAGGCGAUGGAAGGAGGAGGAUUUGUGGCAGAUGCUAAUGUAUAUGGAAAUGUUGUUGCUGGACUCUGUGACGCGAAAAAGCUGGAUGAAGCUUUAGAAUAUGCCGAUAAUUUGGAAAAAUCGGGUAAGAAUUUGGAUUUGAACACAUGGUCAUCUUUGGUUAAAAAAAGUUCUCUCACCGGUAAUUUUGAUAAGGCGUUAGCUUGUUUGAAGAAGAUGGUAGAAAGAAAAGGCGGCGAUACCGUUGGAUGUGCUUUCGAAGUAUUGAUACAUGAACUUUGCCAGAAGAAAAGUGAUGAAUAUGCGCUGAAGGUCCUUAAAGAGAUGGUUACCAAGAGAAAUGUGAAACCUUGGCACACUACAUACAAGUUUCUGAUUGAGAGAUUAGUGAAUCAUGGAAAAGUUAAAGAAGCUUCAAGCCUUCUUGAGUUGAUGAAAAGCGAUGGAUUUCCUCCUUAUAUAGAUCCUUUUGUUGGAUACGUUUCAAGGUCAGGGAGUGCUGAUGAUGCUAUGAUAUUUCUGAAGGCGAUGAAGACUAACGAAUUCCCAUCAACAUCAGUGUUUCUUCGUGUAUUUGAAGCAUUAUUCAAGGAGGGGAGGCAUCAAAUUGCGCAUGAUUUGUUUUCUUUAUCCCCAGGUCGUGUUAAAAAUCAUGCAGAUGUCUUGGAUCUUUUCUAUUCAAUGAAGCAAGAUGAGGCUGAUACAGCUGCGGCGUUAUGAGGAAAUCUACUGAAGCAAUGGUUGGUUUUCUGUAUUUUGGAUGGCAUGAGUGUUUUGGAUGGUAUGUUUUCUAGAGACCCUCUGGGUUUAGAUGACAUAGAAUAAUAUGUACCUUGGCAACUUCCUUAUUGUUUCUUGUUUGCUGAAAGCAAAAACCCUGAACCUGUUCAUUAAUGAAAUGUCAUCUUCUUUUGUUAUUUGCUGUUAUUUAACGACCAAUCAUUCUGUCUCAA